ACUGUGAAGUGUGAGUGGAUGCCUUGAAGGAACUCACUGAAGUGAUACCAGAUACAUUUGGGGGGUGAAUGGGUUUGGGGUUGUUUUCAUUCUGUCAUCGAGUUUUUCGAGAAAAGAGAGCUUGGUCAAAGUUGUCGGCUUGCCCGAUCGUUGCAGUUAUGACUAUACCCUGUUCGUGCUUGGAGAGAUCUGACUCAGUGUAAAGCAUGGCGGCGAGAAGCGAAGUCCCCCAGCUUCCGCGGUACUUCAUCCAGCGCGACUACUCCAUGGGAACUGUUGUACAAUUUGACAAGAAUCCCCCACCCGAGCUAUCUGGCAAGGUGUCACAAGAGGCCCAACACGUACUUAGUGACACUGUGGAACAUAUCAACACGAUCUUCGAGGAGGCUGAGGCACUGGAUGGUGCUGCAUAUUUGGAAGGCUGUUUGGCUUGUCUCACGCUUUGUACCUACUAUGUUUGGCCGUGUGUGCGAACGAAAUAUGAGAAGGCUAUGCACAACCUAGCCGUGUAUAUCGAGAAUCAAAACUCUACCGUUCUUCGGCAGCAUGGCCUGCGGCUGGUGCACCCAAUGGAGAGAGGCUUACGAGUUAUUGAAGUUGUCCUACUACAAAGCUGAGAGUCUGUACAUGAAGCAGCGGCUCAUUUUCCUCCAUCGGCCCCAGCAGUCGAGCAGGCAGCAUCCGAACAAGUUGGUGGCCUUGAUAACGGUUGCUGAUUGAUGUGCCACACUCUGCUAAGAUGGACCAGCUCCCGUGAGUCAUGUGUGCUUGUUCUUCCAGCAAGUAUGCAUGCAUGUAUGUGCACUGUCCCUGGCGUGCUGCACGUUAUCCGCACUCAGGACACUAGUGCGUAUGAGCUUCACUCCCCAUUGCUGCUGCUGCUGCUGCUGCCGCCGCCUCGCUUUCACACUAGUACUAGAUAAACCAGGGCCAUCCCGUCCGAAAACCAUAGUUCCAUAUUACCUGCCUUCACAAGAGACUAUCAUAUUCACUUCUUCCGAGCAUGCAAUAGUACUGCAUUUCUCUGCAACAGUCUCAUCGUCGAUAUAUUAUGAGACUUAGCUAGCAUGCAUGCAUGCAUGGAACUAAGUUACUUGCAUGUGCUGUGGUGGCGCUCAUUGCAAAGUGCAUCCUGAACGCCUCUUGAUCAUAAUAUAAUCUGCCCCAUUACAUGUAGCGCGCGUACAGCAGGCUGGCGAUGCUGCAAACUGUGCGUGCCUGUAGCUCGAAAUCACUUUAGUUUAGUCUAGUCUCUGCUCUUUUUUAACCCUUUGUAUUUUUUAUGGCAGCUGACCCUAACCGGAGUGAGCUCCGUUCCCGUUGAUCAUCCUCACAAUGCACUGUGAUCGGUGGUCGAAGAAAUUGUACAGUGAAUACUUCUACUGACAUUACUAUACAACUCAUGCCUCUCUCCCUUUUUCUGUUUUUUUUUUAUCCAUUUCCAGUUAUUGUCAGUCUUUCGUUGUUCUCUCUAUUGCUAUUUUCCUCCCUGUUAUGAAGUUUCUACUCGCCCGGUUUGUUUUCUAUCUGCUUGUUGUACUCUUGUUUCUGUCUCCAACGGUGCCCUGUAAGACAGAAUAUCAUGUCUUGGUUUGCUAAAUCCAACUCCGCUUCUCA